AUGGCCUGGUCAAAGUCCUUCGUUCUUCUGAUCGCCUCCUACAGCGUUGCCGGUGUUCAAGCAGGCCCAUGCAAGCCUCGCUCACCCAGUUCCACUAUCCCUACCUAUCCGGUACCCCAGUCACUCUCUACCAAGACCACCACUGUCACUUCUUCAGCUACAAUAGUUACUUCUGUGCCUUGCUAUGGCUCAGACUGUAGUUCCAACACUCUCGUUUCAACAACCAAGGCCACUUCUAUUCCUUGUUAUGGCCCCAACUGCAGUAUUCCAUGCUACGGUCCGUAUUGCAACUCUGGCAGUACAUCCACUCUCGUUUCCGCAAACACCCAAACCACUUCUAUACCAUGCUAUGGUUCAGAUUGUAGCUCUGCCACUCUUUCAAAGACCACCGGUCUAUCUACUGGAACAGAGCAAUCCUCAGCUACUACUUCUCACGAAGCCUCUUCAGGCACCACAACCAUACCAAAUGGCUCUUCCACAACAUCUUCUUUGUCCACUUCUGGCAUGACCAACACACAAACCACAACUAACACCGAUACAACAAAGGAUACUUCUGUUACUACCAAGGGAAGCUCUACCACAGCUGAGCGCAGCACUGACACUGCUUCAACACAAACUGGUGCUUUCAGCACAACCCAACAGACCUCUACUGCUACCACAUCUGCUACACGAUCUGGUACCACAGAGACUAACACACUCUCUACAAACACUGGAAGUACCCUUACUGCAAAGACCGAGACCACAACUGUAACUGGUUCAACAUCUACCAAUACGCUCUCUACAAAUACAGUCUCUACCGGCGCAUCCUCUACAAAGACCGAUACCACAACCGGAUCGGCUUACACCAAUACGCUCUCUACCAACACAGUCCCUACAGGCACUCUUUCUACAAACACGGCUUCUACCAAUACUGGAAAUACUGAGACAACAACUGGAUCAGUUUCAACCAAUACGCUCUCUACAGGCACUCUCUCUACAAACACUGGAAGCACUCUCACUGCCAAGACCGAGACCACAACUGCAACUGGGUCAGCUUCCACCAACACUCUCUCUACCAAUACAGUGUCUACAAACACGAUCUCUACAAAUACUGGAAAGACUGAUACCACAACUGGAUCAGCUUCCACCAGCACUCAAAGCAGCUCGGCUACAGCGAGCAUUACUGUCUCAAGUGACACUACCGCUUCUUCAAGCACCACCACAGGAUAUGACACCUUCACCUCUACAAACACCCAGAGCAAAUCAUCAGAGACGACCACUAGCAGUGGUACUUCUCAGACAUCAGGAUCGAACACUUCUGGUUCUACUACAGUAACCUCAGCUACAAGUGAGGGUUCUUCCACUACUCAGAAGAGUACCACCGGAAGCGAGACUUCCACUAUGACACAGUCUUCGCAGACCACUUCUAUUCCCUACGUUCCUAGUACUUCCACGAACUCCGGUAGCUCCUCGGUCGCUACGACCCAGACUACAACUGGAUCCGGGUCUUCUACUACCGGUGCUUCAUCAUCUACAAUUGGAUCUUCGACUCAGACCGGAGGUUCUACUACAACCGGGUCGGUAACUUCUGUGACUGUUAUUUCGUCAUCGACUGGUAGCUCUUCGGUUGUUACUACUCAGACAGAUUACACAACUGGUUCUGGAUCUUCCACAACUGGUGCUUCCUCAUCUACUGGAGACUCUUCGACUCAGACUGGAAGCUCUACUACAACUGGAACUGCAACUGCACAGACUGGCACUUCCACCACGUCUGACAGUUCUUCAGCUACUACUACACAGACCAUUUCUUCAACUGGAUCUGCAUCUUCUACCACUGGUGGUUCAACAUCAACUGGCGGCUCUACCACACAGUCCACUGGAACUUCUUCCACCGGAGGAAGUACAUCCACAUCAGUGCCUUAUUCGGUACCUAGUGGAACAUCCAGUGCUUCAACUUCCCAGUCAUCAAACACUUCUCAAAGCUCGGGUAUUUCCUCCACAACCAACUCGGUCCCUUCAACUACAGCUACACAGCCCUCAACCACUCAAGUUACAUCAACUACCGCCUCGGGGUCAUCCACAAUCACAUCCAUCCCAUAUUCCGUUCCGACAACCAUGUCAACAAAGACCUCAUAUGGAACAUCAUCAGCGACAUCAGGCUACCCACCACCAAAGCCAACUUGCUUCCGCUACACUCUCGUCGAGAAUCCUCCCACCCCAGGAAAGUGUGGCAACACGGGUCUUAGCGGUGGCAGAAAACCCAACUUUCUCGGCAAAGGUGAUGCAGACAGCCUCGAGACGUGUGGACAGAGCUGUGGUGAGAAGAAGGGGUGCAAGGUUGUUGUCUACGGCUACAAAGAGUCUGAUUACAACAGACCCUAUUGCCAGUUGCUCGAUGGACCUCAAAUUCGUGAAGCUAGAGAUAGUACAGCGUGGAGAUGGUAUGAUAUGUCUUGCUUCAACCCGGAUUGUGUCGCACCACCUGGGUAUGAAUGCGGUUAUUAA